UUCUGUUUUCUUUUACUAUUAGCUGGCUUCGAUUCUUAUUUUAAUUUUUUAUUAUGUUUUUGUUUGGCUAUCUGCUUUUAGAUCUGGUAAGCUAAGAUCCUAACCCUCUGUUUCUAAGAUAUUUGAUUUGGUGUAUUAUGAGGAAUGAGUUUUAGGUAUAACUUGAUAUUGAGGGGCACCAUUUUUUAUAAUUUGAAACUGAAUUCGAAUGAUUUAUGGUUUUAUAAUGUCCGUUGAGUUGAUUAAGUCAAAAAUGUAGUUCCUUUCAAAGUUGCUGGAUGAAGUAGACAUGAAACAGUCAAAACUCUGAACCUUGAGGAGGUCAGCCGAAGAUUGGCUGACUAGUCUUAACUUUUUUAUAUGUGGGAUAAUUUUUUUGCCUUAAUAAAAACUUUAAGGGUGUUCUGCAUUAUCCGCUUAGUUUGCUUGUUUGAGUCAGAUUUUACCGGUCUAAGUGGUAGGGUGUUGGACUUUGCGUCGUUACUUGUUAGAGACAGGUACUUCCCUCAUUCAAGUCUUCUUUGGAGGCAUCACAAUUAGCAAUACAUUCAAUCAUAUGUAAUAGUGUGUGUGGACCAACAUAAUUAAAAGUUUGUUCUGCUGAAGCUAUUUUCUUGUUCUGUAUAUGCAGUCUUUCAGUUGACAAAUACCACAAAUAUCUGGUGAUCAAUUGCCAUCAAGCAUGUUAUAGUAUUUUUAUAUUAUUGGGAAGGUCACUUCAGUGGUCACCGACAUUCUUAGCUCAGUAAUUGUGACUUUCCAAGUUAGUGCCAGUGAAUGUAACUGUUGGAAAAAAGAAAACCAAGCCUUCUUGUUGGACUCAGUAAGCUUUAGAAGUUGUAAAUAUCUUGGGGUACAUGGUGAUAUAUAUGGGUUGCAGAGAUGGAAGUAUUUUAGAAGAACUUGUCUGCCAUUAAUCUAUAUCUUCACAAUAAACAAAAUGCCUUCUUGGUGGAGGAAGUCAUCAUCGAAGAAGAAAGCCAGUAAGGAAAAUAUUAUUUGCACAUUAAAUCAAAAAUUUAAGACUACAUCAGAAUGUAAACAAAGCAGUAGAUCAGGAGGGUCUCAAAGAUGUUACAAUGAUAAUGUUUCAGGAUUGGGUUCUCAAUCUCGAGCUGAAUCUAGAUCAACAUCACCUUCCAAACAAGUAUUCAGGUGUCAGAGCUUUGCUGAAAGGACUAAUACUCAACCACUACCACUUCCUGGUCCACACCCUGCAGCUGUAGGUCGGACUGAUUCUGAAAUUAGUGUAUUAACUAAGCCAAGAUUGGGAAAAGUUUCAAAGGCAUCCUUGUUUUUGCCUCUCCCAAAACCAGCAUGCAUACGUGCCAGGGCAAAUGCUACUGAUUUAGAUGGAGAUCUGGUCACCACUUCCUUUUCCAGUGAGGGGUCCAUUGAUAGUGAUGAUCCAGCAGAUUCCCAUCAUCACAGCCCCCUGGCAAAUGACUAUGAUAAUGGAACUAGAACUGCUUUAAGCAGCUCUUCGCGCAUGGUGGUACCCAAGGAUCAUCCGUCCAAUGCUGUUCAAACAACCUCGAGAGAGGAAAAAAGCACAUUAAACCUUUCAUUGGGUAAUCGUCUCUCUCCUAAAUCACCUAAGCAAAGACCUUUAAGUGGCGUUGUGCCAAAUCUACAGGUUCCACUUCAUAAUGCCUUCAGCAGUGCGCCUGACAGCUCCAAGUCAAGUCCUUCCAGAAGUCCAAUCAAUGGGUUUAGCUCCGAGCAAGUUGUUAAUUCUGCUUUCUGGGCAGGGAAGCCUUAUGUGGAUGUCACAAUACAUGGAUCUGGCCACUGUAGUCCAGGUUCAGGUCAAACUUCUGGGCACAAUUCCAUGGGAGGAGACAUUUCAGGGCAAUUAUUUUGGCAACAAAGUAGGGGUAGCCCGGAAUACUCUCCUAUACCAAGUCCCAGAAUGGCUAGCCCUGGGCCCAGUUCCAGAAUCCAAAGUGGUGCUGUUACCCCUAUUCAUCCAAGAGCUGGAGGGACAGCUAUUGAGUCGCAAACAAGCUGGCUUGAUGAUGGGAAACAGCAAAGCCAUCGCUUGCCUCUUCCUCCUAUAACAAUUUCCAACUCUUCCCCUUUCUCUCAUUCAAAUUCUGCAGCUACUUCACCCCGAGUACCACGAAGUCCUGGAAGGGUAGAGAAUCCAGUGAGCCUUGAGUCACAUUGGAAAAAGGGAAAGCUUCUGGGCAGAGGCACAUUUGGACAUGUUUAUGUUGGUUUUAACAGUGAUAGCGGAGAAAUGUGUGCAAUGAAGGAGGUUACAUUGUUUGAUGAUGCCAAGUCAAAGGAAAGUGCUAAGCAGUUGAUGCAGGAAAUUGCCUUGCUGAGCCGCUUAAGGCACCCAAACAUUGUGCAGUAUUAUGGGUCCAAAACUGUAGGUGAAAAAAUUUAUAUAUACCUGGAGUAUGUAUCUGGUGGAUCCAUUUAUAAACUUCUUCAGGAUUACGGACAAUUUGGUGAACUAGCAAUGCGUAGUUAUACUCAACAAAUUUUGUCAGGGCUUGCCUACUUACACUCUAAACAUACUGUUCAUAGAGACAUUAAAGGGGCAAACAUACUCGUAGACCCUAAUGGUCGGGUCAAGUUGGCAGAUUUUGGGAUGGCAAAGCAUAUUGCUGGGCAAUCAUGUCCAUUAUCAUUCAAAGGAAGCCCUUAUUGGAUGGCACCUGAGGUUAUAAAGAACUCAAAUGGCUGCAAUCUUGCUGUUGAUAUAUGGAGUCUUGGAUGCACAGUUCUGGAAAUGGCUACGACAAAACCACCUUGGAACCAAUAUGAAGGGAUUGCUGCCAUGUUUAAGAUUGGGAACAGUAAGGAACUCCCAGCAAUUCCGGAUCACCUCUCAGAUGAGGGAAAGGAUUUUGUGUGGCAAUGUUUGCAACGCAAUCCUGCAUAUCGUCCUACAGCUGCUAAGCUUUUGGAGCAUCCUUUUGUGAAGUAUGCUGCACCUUUGGAAAGACCCAUUCUGGAUGUUGAGCAUUCAGAUAUACCCCCAGGGGUUACAAAUGGAGUGAAAAAUCUGGCUAUUGGGCAAGUGAGAAACUACUCUCCGUUAGAUUCAGAAAAACUUGCAGUUCAUUCAUCAAGAGUAUUGACUGCUCCUCAUGCCAGUGAUAUCCUUAUUCCAAAGAACAAAUCAUGUCCGGUGUCUCCCAUUGGGAGCCCACUUUUACAUCCAAGGCCGCUGCAACACCUGAAUGGAAGGUUUUCUCCUUCUCCUAUAUCCAGCCCACGAACCACUUCAGGUUCUUCCACGCCUCUCACAGGUGGCAGUGGUGCUAUACCUUUCAAUCACUUGAAACAACCAGUUUACUUGCAAGAGGGUUAUGGAAGCAUGCCAAAGCCCUCAAAUAGUUUCUAUAGCAAUGGCCCUUAUCAAGAUUCAAAUCACAGCAUUUUUCGAGGGAUGCAGCCAGGGUCUCACAUUUUCUCAGACUUAUUACCCUCUGAAAAUGAUGUUUUUGGGAAGCAACUUGGAAGGCCUGUUUGUGGAGAACCUUAUGAUGGACAGUCAGUCUUGGCUGAUCGUGUAUCUUGGCAGCUCCUUGGGGAUCAUGUGAAGAUGAAUCCAUCACUGGAUCUAGGUCCCAGCUCUCCUCUAUCCACCAGGACUAGUGGUAUCUAAACUUAUGCAUUUUCUUUUGUGGCUCACCAGUCUGAUAAAGAAGUUUGUCAGACUGGAUUUUUGGUCCUGCUGAAAUAUUUAUUUACCAUGUUAACUACUGUGGAAUCUAUCCCUGGAUCUAAGUCCCAGCACUCCCUUAACCCACCAGGACCAGCGGUUUCUAAUCUUAACGCAUUUCUUUUUGUGGCACACCAAUCUGAGAGAACUCAGAAGUUUGUCACACUGGAGGUUUAGUCCCACUGAACACUUUAUCACCAUGCCGACUUCAGGAAGCUGAUUUUGUCAAUAAAGGCGGGAAUGGGAAAUCUCUGGAAUAAAUUGGGCAAAGUGGCUGGAGGCCAGGUUGUCUUUCAGGCUCUUAUCUUAAGCUAUUUGACAAAAUGAUUGUAGAGUUGAAUUUCAGUGGAACCAAUGGAUCCAAAAUGGAGCUGGCUUCCCAGCAAAUAACAAACUUGCCGAUGUUGAUAAUUUGUGAUAUGAUGCGGCAUCAACUUUGUACAGAGCUGAGUCCAUAAUUGUCAUCUAGUGGCUAACUGAAUUGUGGUAUUAAGAGCAUAAUUUAAUGGUGGAAGAUGGCUUCUGAGUUACUGUUGAUCCAGUGUAUGGCCCUUUAGGAGCAAAUUAAUCGCUGUGACUUCAGUACAGUUUUUUAAAUCACUGUAUAGGAAAAAAAGAAGAGCGAUUAAGCUGGUAAAAUAAUUAGCAUGUAGACUAAUUUUUUGGGGUCAAACUGCUGUACAGAAGAUGAGGAACAGAAUCAUCACAGAUUUGUUGAGCUUCUGCAUCUGUUUCUUGUGCAUACUGUUCAAUCUGAUUCCUUGUAUGGACAUUACCCCUGCCAUGAAUCUGUAUUUUCUGACACACUUUCUGGAGCAAGAAUUCAUUGUCAUACAUUGGACUAGAUAUUGUAAAUUUUCCAAGUUCUGGCAGGUGACGCUGUUUUUAUGAGAGGAGAAAUGGGGUCUGCAUUAUUCUCGUAUGAUAUGUUUCUGAGAAGGCAAGUUCUUUGAAUCUGAUAUGUUUUGAUGCCAUUUUCAGGCGAAGAAAUGGGCUUGCCCCUUUCAAUGAUGAUAUAGUUCGAGAGAGAAAAAUUUUGGAAUGUGUUGAGUAGGGGUGGAUUUGAGCUGGCUUGGCCUGAAUGGGUUGAUUUUGAAUUAGAGUUUUAGCUUGGUCUGAAAUCAACUUAUUUAUUUAUCCGGUGAUACUAAUUAUCCCACCAUACUAUUUACCUCUACCACAUUGUUUAACCUAUUGAUAGCUCUCUAGUGAUAAUGUGUACCAAUUUGAACAACCUUGAGUUGGGUAUUAUGGUUUCAAUCUUUGUUUGAGUCAAUCCCAGACUUGGUUCAAUUCGGAUCGAAUCUAUUCUAGUGUUUACAUGUAUGCUUCAUUGUACAGGUUGGAACUGUUCUAAUGAAAAAAUAAAAAUCAAACUGUAUUUGAUUAGAAUCA